AUGGUAAAAGUCACAGAUGAUCAAAGAUUUAAGACAGGACUUUUACAACAGUGGAAAGCAGAGAAAGGAAUCAGCGAAGAAGAUAGAGAAGUGCACAAGCAGCAACAGCUACAAAAAAAUCAUGAAAAGAAUAAGCUCCUUAAGCAUCGUCAUGAUGCUCUUAACUGGGAAAAGCUUAGAGCACAUCGGGUUGCUAAUUUACCAACACCCAAAGCCUUGAAAAAAAAGACGUUUGUUAAAGAAAAGGAAGUACCAAGAGGCGUCCCAGAAGCGGGAAAUUUACCCCCACAUUUUAUCAUCCAAAAAUUGAUUAUUGAGAAGGAAUUUAUGUCUGCCAAGGGUAUUUUUAAAUCUCAUUAUCCCAAUGCAAAACAAGCAGCUGUAGCAGAGGAAAUGGCUCGGUUAGCAAGUGAAGAUGCAAAACGUAAGGAGGCUGAGGAAGAUAACAGGAAGAGAGAACAGAGAGGCAAAGAGGCACUGACCAGAGAGCGACUGUGUCGUAUGUACCAGCAACUUAUGAGCCAGCUUGAUCAAGCUCAGCAUGACCAUCAACUGUCUACCUAUCUCACAGGCACUGAUAUCUCGGCUUAUAAAACUAAAGAAUCCAGGCUGAAGCAUCAAGCUUCUCUGCAGAAACAGAUGGAGAAAGCUGUAGAGAAAAUCUUACGUGAUGAUACAUCCCCAACAGAAGUUAUUUACCAGGAUCACAUUCAGCUUUCCUCAGAUUCUUCUGGUUUGCUAGAAGUUUCAGACACUUCGAGGGUAACUAGUGGGGAAGGAUCUGGUACAGAGGUUCAAGAUAUGAAAUCACUAAAUUUGGGUCGGAUCAGGCAGCAAAGACGUGAUAUUCUUAAAAGUAUAUAUGGUGUCAUACUGAAGAGGAAGAGGGAUCAGAAGAAGUUUUUAAGAAAAGUACAGUACAGAAAAUUAAGGCCACAUACUGCAAAAGACAGAGAUAUACACAUGGCAGAAACUGUUCCUGUUCAUCUAGUGACAGACUAUCAUGAUCGCAGAUUUAUUAGUAAAGAAGCCUCAGCCAAACACUCAAUUCAAGAUUCGAAUUCAGGUGAUAAGGAGAUAACAGUUGAUGAAAGAGUUGAUGAAGGUAGUGUGGAAACACAAACAUCAGACGAUGAACAUGUAAUACCUUUGUCUCCCAUAAUACACCCAUUUACAAGAGAUAAAUUCCCAGCAGAGCAGUCGGGUUUUGAAACCAGCAGCACAGAGUACUUGAAACCACCAUCAACUCUUCCAUCAGAAACCCAGCGUCAGAGGCAAUAUAUAAAUUCCACCCCUUUCAGCAGAGAUGAUCAAGAUAUACAUAUGGCAGAAACUGUACCUGUUAAUCUAUUACCAGGUUAUGAUGAUGUUAGAAGUACCACUAUACCCAAGAAGAAUGCAUCUCAACCAACCUCUUCUGAAGAAUCAAGUUUGUGGGAAAAGGCCACUGAGAAGGAAAAAAUAAAAUUUUAAAUGCAAAGAAAGGAGAUUAUUCAUUGCUACUUAAGAAAGUUGAUGCAUUUGAAGGGGCCUGAGUUAGAGAAUAUGUCAGCAUUAACAGUUGAAGGCUCUGGAUUUACUCUCAGUUCCCUGAAUACACUUGUUGAUUCUCUCCAGGAGAAAGAUGAGUCAGUAUUUACAGUUUCAUCUCCAAAUCCAUCUUCAUCUGUCAGGGAAUUAGCAGAAUCAAAUAAUAAUUCUAGUUAUAAAGAUAUUGAUGAUGUUCCCGUGAAAUUAAGUAGCCUCUCAUCUGAAAAUAAAUACUCCUGCAGUGAUGAAGAAGAAAAUUCUCUCAUCAGUAAGCCACAACAGGUAGACAGACUCAUGCAUACGCUUUCUGUUACACAUUCUAAAGAUGAAUCAGGAAGAGUUAAUGGCUUUCCAGGAUACUUGCAGCUAAGCAGAAAGACCUCUCCACACAUAGUACUUCCAUUAGACUCACAAUAUGAAGAAUCAGGUUCAUUAUUGUCCUCCAGAAGUGGUAACAGUAUUAAAAAAGAGCUGCAAAAACUUGAUCAUCUUAGAAAAGAACUCAUAACUGAUACCUCAAGUUCAUUUCUUUCUAUUGGGCCAGAAGUAAUGGGCACAUCACCAACCACUAACAGUAUUAAUAAGCAAGAUCAAAAACUCUCAUUUAGGAGCACACAGAAAACUGAUCUCAGUACAAUUUAUGAAGACAGUUCAAACUUGUCUGACAGUAAUUUUAACAUGAGUGGCUCAGCUAACUACCAUACACCAUCCAGAGAAAAUGAAUCUUCACUGGAUGAUGCAGGAAGUCAAAUUUCAUUGAUCCAGAAACAAAAUUUGAGAACAUGGUCCAAGUCAUCAGGUACCACAUCAGCGAGCGAUGUUUCUUCAUCAGAGGAGGCAGCUACAGAAGAUGAUAGGAAGAAAUUCACAUACAUGCAUACAAAAAGGACUUAUCAAUCUAGGUUCCAGCAUUUUAAAUACACCACACUUAAGGGUAGGCUGAAAACAUUAACCCAAGAUUACCAAGGUUCAGAUGAUGGUAACCUUGUGCCACCAUUCCUAAUGACUGAGACACCUAAGAAUAAUAUGAGGAGCAUCUCUUCCUUGCCUGCCACUGAGAGUACUCCACUAGAAGUACAAGGUAGGAGUAUUUGCAUCCCAGGUACUGAAGGUUUAGAACAAGAACAUAUACUGCCUUUGACAGCUGAUACCUCAAGUUACUUUCCUUUAGCUUUGUCAAGUACUACAUUAACUUCUUCAGUGGAAGACUUAUCCCUUAUACAUCAGAGCCCAUAUAGUAGGAAGGAUGACCAAGAUAAAGUUUCUUACAAAGUUUUAAGCAUCUCAUCUGAUGAACAAGAUGCAAAGCCUAAGAGUGAUAUAUCUAGUGAUUCAUCAACCUCAAUGCCUGACAUGGCAGUAAUUUUACAGAGGUUUGGUUUGGACUGGGCCCAAAGUAUGAUGCAUAAAAUGGAAAUAGCAGAACAGAAGUCCUCAUCAGAUAGCUCAUCUCGUCAGGAAAAAUGAAAUAUGAUAGUUUAGUUCAGUCAUUAUGGUAAUAUGUGUAUAUAAGUUUGAUGUUGAACCUUCAAAUUAUACAAAAUAAAUGCUGUUCCACUUUGGUACUUUAUACAUACCAUGUUGAAGUGACAUUGCAUUUUUAUGUAUAGUACCUAGCGCUGUAUAGCCCUUGUGGCUUAGCGCUUCUUUUUUAUAAUAAUAAUA